AUGAUCACAGGAGCGGAGGAUGGGAAGAACAAGCUCCGAGGUUACCAGGAUUUUAGCAAUGGUAAACGAAGGAGCAGAGGAAAAGAUGCAAGUGCUGGUCUUGUAGAAGAAACCAGAUGGUUUCGUAUCCCGGUUCCAGCCUUGCAAGAAGCAGCAGCUAAUACAGUACAUGGAGCUUUUCGAGCUUCAGAUGUUGAAAAGCAGUUUCUGGGUGAAACUUGCUUGAAGAAUUUAACGACCAAGAGUAUUUUAACCCGACACUUCCGUAUACAUAUCAGUGAAAAACCGUGCAUAUGCGAUGUAUGUGACAAAGGAUACAAAAGUUUUGGUAAUUUAAACACACACAUGCGCAUGCAUACUGGUGAGAAGCCAAUCAUAUGCGAUGUAUGUGAGAAACGAUUCGGGAAUUCUGGUGAUUUAACAGUACACAAGCGCAUUUAUACCGGUGAGAAGCUGUACAUGUGCAAUGCAUGCAAGAAAAAAUUUACAACUUCUACUUAUUUGAAGGAACACAAGCGCACGCAUAUUGGAGAAAAACCGUAUGCGUGCAAAACUUGUAAGAAAAGUUUCACACAAGACGCAAAUUUUGAGGGACACAAACGUACAUGA